AUGUGGGUUUUGGAGUGUUGGGGGGGGAGGGGGGGGUUGUGUUGGGGAGGGGUUGAUUUUAUGAUAAUUUUGUUGUGGGGGGUGUAUGUUUGGGGUUUGGUUUUUUGUAUGGGUUUAGUUGUGGGGGUGGUUGUUGGGGGGUGUGUUGUGGGUUUGUUUGUUGGGGGGUUUGUGGUGUUGUUAGGUUGGUUGUUUGUUUGUGGGUUGUGGGUUGAUUUUUUGGGGUUUUUGUGUGUGUUUUGGGUGUAUGUUUUGGUGUUUUUUUUGGGGGUGUUUGUUUUUUGGUUGGUUUUUUUUUGUUGGGGUGGGGGGGGGUUUUUUGGGUUUUUGUUGGAUGGGUUUUGUUGUUUGGUGUUUGUGGUGUGGGUAUUUUUGGGGGGGGGGGGGGGGGGGUUUUUGUUUUGUUGGGGGUGGUUGGGGGUUUUUUUAGUUGGGGGUAGGUUAGGGUUUUUGUUGGGUGUUUUAUUUGGGGGGUUGGGGUGUUUUUUAGUGGUUGGUGGGUUUGUGUUGGUUUGUGUGUUUGUUGAUGUGGGGUAUUUUGUUGGGUUGUUUUUGAGGGUGGGAUGGGUGGGUGUGGUUGGGUGGUUUGUGGGGGGUUUAGGUUGGGGUUUUGGGUGUUUGUUGUGGGUGUUUUGGGGUUGUUUUGUUGGGGGGUUGGUUGUGGUUGGUUUUUUGGUUUUGGGUUUGUUGUUGGGUUUUGGGUUGGUGGGUGGGUGUUUUUUGUGGGGGGUGGUUGGUGGGGUGUUUGGGUGUGGGGUUUUGUGGGUUUUGUUGUUUUGGUGGGGUUUUUGGGUGUGGGUUGUGGUUUGUGGGGUUAUUUGUGGUGUUUGUGGGUGUUUUUUGGGGGGGGUGGGUGUGUUUUGGUUUUGGGGGGGUUGUGGGGGGUUUUGUUUUUUUGGUUGGGUGGGUGGUGGGAUUGGUUUGUUGGGGUUUGUUUUGAUGUUAGUGUUAUGGAGGUUUUGUUGGGGGGUUGGGGUGUGA